AUGGGCUCUUCCCCCCAUGCCUCCGCGCUCUACAUCGUCCGCCUGCGCUCUGCGCCGCCCGUCGCCUCGUACCGCGGGGGAAUCCCCGGCUUCCCGGCAACGGCCGUGUGGGAGAGCGACCCCAAUGGCAACGCGAUAGAUGCGACGGCGAACGAUGCAGCCAACGGUGCUGAUGCAGCCAACGGUGGCGAUGCAGCCAACGGUGGCGAUGCAGCCAACGGUGGCGAUGCAGCCAACGGUGCCGACGUGGCGGGUCGCUCAAACUCCUCUGAUGCAAGCAACGGUGGCGUUGGCACGGCUUCUGCUGCUCCUGUCACUCCUGCGGCUGCUGCCACUGCCAGCGGUUCAGGGCGUGUGUUGCGGCGGCCGCGGGUGAACGUGAGGGCGCCGGGCGUGAGGGCGUUCAAGCAGCUGCUGCAGCGCAUGCAGCAGGCCGUGCUGAGAGACAGCGGGGUGGAUGCUGGGAAGAUGGUCUAUAGUUACAAGCACACAGACAACGGCUUUUCAGCGGCCCUCACGGCAGCGCAGGUGCAGCGCAUCAGGCGGCACCCCUCUGUGGCGUCCGUCACGGCCUCUCGCACCAUCACACGCUGCGCCACCACCACCGCUGAGGUGUACAAGUCUCUGCCUCGCACCUGCGCUGCUCCCGCUGCUCUUCAUCCCACUGCUGCCACUCCCGCUGCUCCCACUGCUGCCACACCCAUUGCCCCCGCUGCAGCCACACCCGUUGCUGCUGCUGCCACUCCUGUUGCUGCCAAUCCUGCUGCUGCCAAUCCUGCUGCUGCCACUCCAGCUGGAGCGUCGAGCGACGGUGAAGGCACGGUGAUUGGAAUCCUGGACAGCGGCGUGUGGCCGGAGCACCCCUCUUUUGACGACACUGGCUACAGCAGCACGCUCCCUGCCGGGUGGACGGGCACGUGUCCCACUACAAGCGACUUCGCAUGCAACAACAAGAUCAUCGGGGGGGGCAUUUUUCACGCGGGAUUUGAGAGCGAAGAACGUGUGAGCGUGAACCUCACCCUCGACUGGCUGUCCCCACGGGAUUCCGAUGGCCAUGGCACGUGGUGUGCAGGAGCGGCAGCGGGCAACAGUGGCGUGGAGGUGCCUGGCGGGGGCACAGUCAGUGGCGUGGCUCCCAAGGCACGGCUGGCCAUCUACAAGGUGUUUUGGCACAUAGAUGACGGUUACACAGGCACUGGAGAUGCAGACGUCUUUGCAGCCGUUGAUCAGGCUGUGGCGGACGGUGUGGAUGUGCUCACCUUGUCCCUGAACGACAUGAGCAGAAGCAUUGGCUCCAACGGCAAUCAGACCUUCUUUGACGAUUUGCCUUUCCUCGGCGCCCUUGCGGCAGGAGUGACUGUGUCUUUCGCAGUGGGCGAUGAGGGGAGAUCGUUUUACCGUUAUCUGUACGGUCCCUUCCCUGCCAUUGACAACUUUGCACCCUACUAUAUCAGCGUGGGGGCAAGCACGGUGCCCCGGGCCUCCCUCACUUCAUUUUCAACAACAACACCAACACCAGCAGCAGAAGCAGCAGGAGCACCAGGAGCAGCAGGAGCAGCAGCAGCAGCAGCUGAAUUGCUCGCAAAGGCCACCGGCUCAUCAGCAUCAACACUGGUGGGAACCCGACUCCCUGCCACCGUCUCCCCUGCAGCCACCGCCCUCCCCAUGGUUCCCACCUGGUCCUCCACGGGCCCUCUUGCCGCUUCCGGCUGUACGUUUUGCUACCCGUGGAAACCCCGCUCGUCCAACGUCGUUCUCAAGCCCGACAUCAUUGCCCCGGGGGUCAACACCAUUGCAGCUGCGCCUGGGAAAGCCGUCGGAGAGACGGGGUCGUUUUCGGUGUAUGAGGAAACAGCCGUCGCCGCAACGCAUGUUGCCGGUGUGGCUGCUCUGAUCAUCCAGCAGCAUCCUGAUUGGACGCCCGCGCAGGUCAUGUCUGCCAUGAUGACCACAGCGGGCAGCACUGACAACAGGAACAGAAUGAUUCGGAAUAUUUACGGGCUGCCGGCAACGCCGUGGGAGAUGGGAGCAGGGCAUGUGUUUCCCGCUAGGGCGCUUGACCCUGGGUUGACCUACGAUGCCGGGGAGCAAGAUUUCCGCAACUUUCUUGCUGGGCUGAGCAUGAAGCUAGCUCGAAAGACCCUCGGGCAGGUGCCACUGAAGCCCAUUCCAGCCAGGAACCUGAAUCGGCCGUCUAUCUCGUUGGUAAACAUAGUGAAUAAACUCGUUGCUAGGCGGACUGUGACGAGCGUCUCAGACACCAGGUCGACCUACAGGGUGAGGAUCAAGGCCCCCAAGGAAGUGAGAGUGAGAGUGGUGCCAUCGCAGUUUACCAUAGCGCCGGGGCAACGGGUCAGUUUCAAGGUGAAGGUUGUGGUGAGGACGAGGUUCAGAAAAUUCAAGUUCGCCAGCAUCACGUGGAAGGAUGGCAACGGGCAUUCUGUGCGCUCGGUCCUUGUUCUCCAUUGCAAACCAACUUGCGUGUACUUCUGCUAG